UGUCAGUGUGUGUGUGUGUGUGAGUGUGCAUAUAAAGCUCCCGACGCGGGCUGGGCUGAUAGUGCCACCUUCCCCACGAAGAUGAACGGACUAAACCAGUUGGUGUUGGUGAUAUUGGUUGUUGCUGCAGCCUGUGAGGCGGGCAUGUUCGGAGCGGGCAACAUCAUGACCCGGAGGUACCCUAACGGACCCACGGAGUUCCAUGACAUGGAGGUACCGAUCUAUGGUCCCAAAACUACUCAGCCCAACGAGGGCCCAACCAACAGUGCCACUGGUAGCCCCGCAGACAGCGCCGUGGUUGGGGUGAGGACUGGCGGUGCGCCCUCCGUAAAUGCGGACGAGGACAGGUGGUGGGAUUUCAAGGAGCCCAAGAUAAACUUAAAUAGAUUCAACUACAAGAAUUACUAUUAAAAAUACCCCACUUUCUACAAGUAAAAUGACACCUGGUUUGGGUGUUUUCUACGUGAAGAACUACCAUACCCAUGUUGUCAACAUUAUUCUACCAGGCCAGUUGAACGAUUAGAUGUUCUCUUAACCAAGAACUUCAACACGUCUUCUACCUCCAUUUUACUGUAGCUACUACUACAGUCAAGGCUACUAAUACUACUACAGCUACAGCUACUGCUACAGCCACAGCAAUGCGCAGCUCUACUGUUUAUAUGACUGUAGAUAGUGAUAGAAGGAGAUAUUUCACAGUCGUCCAGAAGAAUUUACACCUGUAAGCUAUUUUCCUACACAAUAAAAGUAUACAAACCCAA